UAGUUGCUAGUAGUUUAUCAUUAUCUUAAGCAAGAACCUUUCAAAGCCAUUAGGUGUUUCUUUCUGCUUUUAAAGAGCAUGGACUAUCUUUGUGAGGGGUAGGGGCAUUAAAAGAUAGGUGAGGUGUGUCCUGGAAUACCUGCUAACAGUUUACCAAUAUAUUUUCUUAAGAUGUCUUAUGAAGUUAAUGAGUGCCGAAAAAUUGAGACCCUUGAAAAUUUGGACCUGGAUUUUGAUGGUGAUGUCACAGAACUUGAAACUUUUGGAGUAAACACCACCAAACCGUCAAAGUCACCAAGUCCAGUAAGCACUUCCACAGCACCCAACACAACAGAUAUUCCCACGGCUCCCAGCACAGCAACCACAUCUGUGGUACCAACCGCACCAGACAUUUCUGCUCAUUCCAGAAGUUUAUCUCAGAUUCUGAUGGAACAGUUGCAAAAGGAGAAACAGCUGGUGACUGGCAUGGAUGGUGGCCCUGAAGAGUGCAAAAAUAAUGAUCAGGGAUUUGUACCAUGUGGUGAAAGGGCAUCAAAUUCUGACAAGUUUUUGGGGCAGGAUAAUGACUUGAAAACAUCUGAUUCCUUACAGUUAGAAAGUUCUACAGAAAUUGAAACCUCUCCUAAAAAUGAUUUGGCUACUGAUAUGGUAUAUGCCCCUGAAAAACGAAAUGUUCUAGAGAACUCAGACAGUUCAAAGGAAAAGGCUGUUACCUCAGAAGCAGUAAGAAGUGAAGAUGUAAUUCUUUGCAAUAGUGAUACAGAUGAAGACUGUUUAAUCAUUGAUACAGAGUGUCAAAAUAAUAGUAAUGGAAAGACAACCGAUAUGAAUUCUAAUUUAAGUUCUAAACCAGCUAGCCCCAAUUCUUCUUCAGCACAGCCUUCUGUAGGAAACCAGACUAAUGCUACUUGUAGUCCUGAGGAGUCAUGUGUUUUAAAAAAACCUAUCAAACGGGUAUAUAAAAAAUUUGAUCCAGUUGGAGAAAUUUUAAAAAUGCAGGAUGAACUCCUAAAGCCAAUUUCCAGAAAAAUACCGGAAUUGCCCUUAAUGAAUUUGGAAAAUUCUAAACAGCCUCCUGCUUUGGAGCAAUCCUCUGCUCCUUCAGAUGCCUCUAGUUGGCCAAAAUCUGUAUGGCCUUCUGCGUUUCAGAAGCCAAAAGGACGAUUGCCGUAUGAACUACAGGACUAUGUUGAAGAUACAUCAGAAUAUGUAGCUCCCCAGGAAGGAAAUUUUGUUUACAAGUUAUUUAGCCUGCAAGACCUGUUGUUACUUGUGCGAUGCAGUGUCCAGAGGAUAGAGACCAGACCACGUUCUAAAAAGCGGAAGAAAAUCAGAAGAGUAAGUUGUUACUUGGGGAAUUAGGAUGUGGUAGUAUAAGUAGAUAAUCAGCAGAUAUUUAGCAUGCCAUUGUUAUGAAGUUUAAUUUUAAAUUGUUGAUCACUAUUGGAAUUUUUCCAGGUUGAGCUGGGGCUUUUUGUUUGUUGUUUUUGUUUUUUUAGUAAAAUACUGAAAACACUUUUAAUAAGGGGAAGUGGAAAGUGUUAAAUAUAAAAUUCUUGAAUGCCCGUAACAUUCUUACAUGGAAUUUAUAAACUUAAUGAAAAAUGGCACCAUCGUAGAUUUGACCUGGACUGGCACAUAUAUUCCUGGUUUCUGUAAAUUUGGAAGUCCACUGUGACAUAUUAGUCCCUUUUUUUCUUUCUUUGGGGAUCUUCUUUGUUCAUUGUAGAAAGUCCAGGUUUUCAAAAGUGGGCUUUCACACUAAUUUGAAGUCUUCCCAGAAUUGUUAGAAGACCAGAUUUUUUCCUUUCUUUUUCCCCUGUUCUUUUUUGGGGGGGUGGGGAUUGAUAUAAAAAAUUUUUUUCAGUUAAAAAGUUCUUGUUACAGUUUGAGUAAUUGGUUCUUUAAACAGUUUUCCGUAUUUGAUGUUUGAAGUUCUCAUUCAGAUUAGUUUGAUUUUUGUGUGUGUGACCACUGAAUUCUGGUAAAUAAAGAGGAGCCUCUAUAUUAUAACUGAUUAUAGUGAUGUCUUUCCUUUCGCUUUUACUUAAGAUAAUUUUUUCUGUUGUGUACAUUUGUCAUUGUGUAUUUAUUUAUAUUUAUAUUUUUAUAUUAUUAUUUUUUUAAAUUUUGGUGUCUCUUUGCUCCCUAACCUACUACCAGAU